AUUGGCAUCAUUAUUAAUUUCACAUCGCACAAAUUUGAUAAGAUGAACUAAUUAUACACAGAAACAUUACUUGACAUAUUGAAAAUAACACGUUUUAUCAGAAGUCAAUAACCGGAAGUAGUUAAAAAUCUAUAAAAUCAUCAUCAACACUGCGUUUGAAAGCAAGGAAACUUUUAUCGAUUGUAUAUUCAGCAAAAUACAACAUGAGCUACCAACUUUACAGAAACACAACGCUGGGGCAUACCCUUCAGGAAAGUUUAGAUGAACUUAUUCAGUAUGGCCAGAUAUCGCCCCAGCUUGCGUUGAAGGUCCUGAUCCAGUUUGACAAGGCAAUCAACACCGCUCUAGCCAAUAGGGUGAAAAACAGAAUAACUGUCAAGGGUAAGCUGAACACCUACAGAUUCUGUGACAAUGUGUGGACCUUUGUGCUGAACAAUGUUGAAUUCCGAGAAGUGCACGAAUUCGCUAAAGUUGACAAAGUCAAAAUUGUUGCUUGUGAUGGAAAAAGUGCUGCCGGAGAACAUUGAACAAAUAAUGGUGUAUGUAGAGAUUGGUGUCCGUGGAACGAAAGCAUGUCUGGUUGUGUGUAAUGGAGACUGAUCGCCAUCAGGGUGUGAGGGAGGAACGAAAUGAUGGCUAUUUGUGUGUAAUGGAGACUGCUCGGGGUGUGAGGGAGGGAAAAUGAUGAAUCUUCAUAGAGUCUGCUCUGGGUGUGAGGGAGGAACCAACUGAUGAAAUUGAGUCUGCUCUGGUUGUGAGGGAAGGAAUGCUUGACAUUUAUUUGAUGGAGACAGUUCAGGGUGCAAGAGUGCAAAACAUUUUUAAGGAGACCGAUGUGUGAAAAAAAAGAAAUCAUGGUGUUUAUUAUUUUUUAUUUUUAAACAUUUAAACUGCAAAAUGAAACUAGUGCUUGUAAGUUGUGUCAUCGAGUUUAACGUGCAAUACAGAUAAAGGAUCUUUCAUUUUUUCCAAAUGAAAAA